AAAGCGGAUACGCUUGUAUGUUGUUGCUACUACAAUUAACUUAUUCGAUCAUCGUCGAAUCCUUUCGAUAAGUCAGGACAGGUAGCUAGAUUUCAACAGAAGGCAGCAUGAGCCAAAUGCGUUUUAUCGUGCUCUAGGAUGAUGCUGCAUCUUCUACUUAGCUGAGCCGCUACCCAUUUUCCGAAGUAGUGCUGCUCUUGAAGUAGUGCGUCGAAGUCACGCUUCGCAACUUGAUGUUGCGUAAUCUCCCAUUACUCAUAGUAUGACAGGAGAGUAGACCUUUCUUUUUUCGCUUUUUGUUUUUUCUAAUUAGAUAUGCUCCACCAGCAUAGUAUAACAGGAGAAUAGAGCAGCUGCUUGACUUUGGAGGCAUUUCACUUGCGGGCAAGGCUUAGUAAAAUAAGAUUUUCCAGAACGUUCUCGCCCACCAAGCCCGAGAUCUUGAAAAAUACUCAUGACGGCGACAUCGUCGAGAAUCCUUUGAAUACAGAAGCAAGACUAAACAAGUAAGAGACGUGGUUCGGCAAUUGUAGUCCUGCAUUGCAGAUAUUUGUCUUUUCGACCGGGUGCUGUUUUCGUCGUUGCCAGUUGUAGUGUCUUCAGAUGAUCAAAACAUUAGUCACGCCUAGAAGUAAUGGAUUUCUAUUAUUUACCAACUAGUAUAGUGUGGCUUGACGAGUUUCUUUCAGACCUGAUUACUCUUUUAUCUCCACCUUGUCCUUUGGUUUUUGAAAGUUUCGUAGUUCAUUGGAUGCAGGUCAUUUGGUAGAAUAAGGUGACGCCUUUUUCUUGUCGGUAGUUGAAGAUACCAUGUUGCUGCUAGAAUGAAUUACGACGCUACAAGUUCACUAGUUGUUGAGCUUUGUGCGGGUUUGGUGCUACAGCCUGCGAUCCGCGACGAUCGUACUGCUCACGUGUCAUCUUUCGUCUUCGUUGACGGAUCACAUGCUCCCCAGAAAGAGUAGCUAUUCCCUAUCCCCCUGCAGUGACAGUCUCUACAUAUUCUUGUGCAAGACAAUUCUUGAUGACGAUGCCCCCAAGUAGCUAGUUGUAGAGACCAAAGCGUUGCUACUUUGUAUUGUUCUUAAAAUUUUUCAACCAUUGAAUUGAGUUGAAUUUUUCUUGUUCAUCUGACCACAUAUAUGAAGUCAUGCCUCUUUUGUGCGUGAAUGACUUUUGCGCUGACGCAUUUCUCGUCACAGUCUUGUUCCAGAAAAAA